AUGGAGACUCCAUACCAGAACCACAUUGACAAGGCUGAAUUUGACCAUGUGUAUGAGCCAGCUGAAGACAGUUUCCUACUUAUAGAUGCCUUAGAAAAAGACCUUAAUUAUUUAAAAGCAAAGAAACCAACUUUUUGCUUAGAAGUUGGAUCUGGAAGUGGUGUAAUUAUCACCGCUCUUGGUAUGGCCUUUCCGGAAACUGUUUGUUUGUGCACUGAUGUUAAUUUCAAGGCAUGUGUUAUUUCCAAGAGCACAGCUGAACACAAUAAGGUGUCCUUGGAUGCAGUCAAUAUGAAUUUAUGUAGUGCAUUCCUGGAUGAGAAGUUUGAUGUAAUUAUUUUUAAUCCACCUUACGUUGUGACUGACUCUGAUGAGUGUGGAGGCACGGACAUCACUGCUAGCUGGGCAGGAGGCGUCAAUGGACGAGAAGUGACUGACCGGCUUUUGGAUUUGAUACCAAAGAAAUUGGCUCCUAAUGGCACAUUCUACCUAUUGCUUAUAGAAGAAAACAUUCCACAAGAAGUGAUCAGUAUUAUGUCCAAGAAUGGAUUUAAAUCUGAAACUGUUAUAAAAAGGAGAAAUAGAAAUGAACAGCAAUUGGUAUUAAAGUUUUACAAAUAACAAUUGUAUAUUACAAAACAGAUGAACAUUUCAUUUUGUUAUAAAGAUAAAAUCUGUUAAGUAAAAUAAAGACUAUUUUAUAUUA